AUGCGGCCUCCGUGGUGGAAACUGCCGACCAAGUUCGUGUCCCCACCCUGGGGAGGUCAACAGAAGCAGCAGUGGCAGGCAUGGCGAGACAUCGGCUCCGACGACGACCUCGAGGGCUGGCACCAGGUGGGGCAAACUGGAGGAGGGCCGUGGUGCAGUAAGUGCGGCUGCAAGAAGAACUCCAAGGGCAGCAAGUUCUGCAAAGCCUGCGGCCAUAAGCUCUCGGACAUCAGCCCAGCCGUCGCUGCCGAACCCGCUGGGGUCUGGAGCGAGCAGCGAAGACAGCACGGGGAUGCCGAUGGCAAGGACGGCAAAGGCGGCAAGAAGGGCAAGAAAGGCAAGGACUCUGGCAAAGGUGACGGCGGCAAAGGUGGUAAAGGGGGCCGUGUUGAGGGAACAGCAGGCGGUGACCCAGCCAAGCUUCCUCGAGCGCCUGGUGCACAGUUCCUGGUGGCCCAGGAGGGACCCUCGGUGGAGCUUGAGUUCCACGAGCUGGAGCAGCUGGUGGCCACGCUGGAGAAGCUGGGCGAUACGGUCAGCCUCGCGAAGCACAGGCGCACCCUUCAAGAACGGCGACGGCUCCAGCAGGAGGCGCUCUAUGUGCCGCCAUUGUCGCAGAGAGUCACGCAGGCCCACAAGCAGGUGCAGGACAUCGCGCAGAAACUGGGGAAGGCGGUGCUGCACUUCGAGCGGCUCGAGGAGGGCCUCGAGAGCCAGAGGCGGUGGGUCCAAUCUCUUUGCGAGGACAUGGAGUCGAAGAAGGCUGAGCACCGCAAGCUGGUGGUUGAGCUCAAUCGUCAGGUGGUCGACAUCAGCCAGGACUCAACUCCGUCAGUGGCCCCCAUCAGUGUGGCUGGCAUCCUCGACGGCUCCAUCGAGGAAAUUCCUCUUUCGUUUGCUGGCCUUGGGUUCGACGACGAGGAAUACGAGAUGGAUGCAAAUGACAAGACGGAGCUGGCAGAUCGCAGCGCCCGCCUCAAGAGCGAGCUGUCCAACGCCGUCAAGCAAAUGUUCGGGCAGGCGGCAGAGAAGGCCAAACUCUUCAAGGAGGAGCAGGAAGCCAUGGCUCUACGGCUGGCUGGGAAGAGGCGGCGUCAGGGUUCAGGCGGACUCCGCCUGAGGGGGCAGACCCAGUUGACGCAGAGGCUGAGGGUGGUCGGCGGACGCCCUUGGCCGAGGCAGCUGGAUCUCUUCGACCAGCGGCAGUACUGCAAGCAGCUGUGCGCCGUGCCCGAGGCAGUCCUGCCCGAGCCCUUGGGGCAGAGGCCUGCGGCUAUGGGGCUCCCACCCGAUGCUGCUGAUCCUGAGUGGCAGGCCAUCCAGGACUUCAACGACAUGAGGGCUGACCUCAGGGACUGGGCUGCCGCCUGGUUUGACUCUUGCACUGAGCUGGAGACAGACAGCGGGCACUGGAGGCGCUGGUGCAAGGCUUUCCUGGGCGCGAUGCUCGCGGGCGGCGGGAACGAGCCGCUCAGGCGCCUACUGAGGAUCUGGUUCCCAGGCUGGCACUUGGACAAUAUCCUGGACGAGCUGUGCCUCAGCGGCUGGAGGCAGUCAGAGCCCCGCCGCAUUGCCUUUCUGGUCAGGCUCAACAGUGCCCAGCCUCUGGAUCGGUGGCGACUCGAGCACGCGCACUGGAGGCAACUGGCCCAGAUCAGGGUCGGCUUCGAAGGUGUCUCGGUGUACUUUGACCUUAGCAAGUUCUACGAGUGGAUCGACCACGGGCAGCUGCUGAACGCGGCCGAGCUGAAUGGUUUCUGCACAGGGCGAGAGGCAGCCCAGGUGCGCGGGGAGCGUGACCGCGCGCUGGAGCGCGGCGAGGACCCCUGGCCGCUGUUCGACGUGCCCGGGUACCACUGUCUGGUGCCCUUGGACGGUGUCGGCGUGGCGAUGACGAAGCUGCGGGCACACCGGUCCGUAAGCCUCUUGCUCGAGCUGCUGCCCCCGUGCCUCGAUCGCCAGCCCGCGUGGCCCGCGACCGAGGCGCGUAGGCGGCAGCUCAGCUUCUCCAACCCCGCGGAGGAGCUGCCGAUGCACCGAGGCCCUUGCCUCGUCCCCUCGGCCGGCCUCGCCUCGAGGAGCCUCUGGCUCAAGCGGCUGCCUCGGUGCCUCGGUCGCGGGGGCUGGCGCCUCCGGCACCGGGCGCCCGCUGCGAUGGACUUCCAGCAGCUGCUCUGCCAGCUCGCGGGCGAGCACCGCCGGCUGGAGCAGGAGAGGAACGAGCUAUCAGAGGAGGUCUCCCGGCUGCGGAAGCGGCUGUCGGGGGGAAAGGCGGAGCUCCCCCCAGAGGCCGCCCCGCUUCCCGGGCACGUGACGUCGCCCACCGGCGCUCCCCGGCGCAGCGCCGACAGCGACGGGGGCACGCCGGAGCAGCUUGGCGUGGUGGCCGUGCGGGCGCUCGCCGCGCGGCAGCUGAAGAGCGAGGCCGCAGAGACGGAGGGCCACUUCGUGUCGGUGAGCGUCGAGGCGGGGCCGCCCUCGACGACCCCCACGCAGCAGGGCCCCGACACGGAGUGGCGCGGCUUCACGGCGGGCCUGUUGGCGCAGCCGCACCAGAAGACGCUGGAGCUGCGGGUGUUCGAGUCCCUGGGCGAGGGCCAGUCCCCCAGGAACGCGGGGAGCAGCUCCGUCGGGUUCCGCGCCCUCGCGCCAGGGGUGUGGCAGAAGCGGGCGUGCGAGCUCGGAUGCGGCGAGAGGGGGGUGGAGUUCGAGGUGAGCUGGCAGCCUGGGGCGGACGGCGUCGGCUCGGCAGGGCUCCGCGGCGGGGGCGCUGAGGCGCGGAGCGCGCCGGUGCGCGGCCGGUCGCGGCACAACACCGAGACGGAGUGGCUCGACGACAGGGAGCAGAUGAACAGGGCGAGGCAGAAGGUGCGCUUCCUGGAGGUGUUCGGCCUGGACGCGUCGCAGCAGGGCACCUACACCGUCACCGCCGAGAGUCUCGGGCAGGUGCUGGCGAAGCGAGGCCUGCGCAACGUCAAGGACGGCUUCCUGCUCAAGGCGCUGCAAGAGUUGGAGAGGGUUGCCCAGAGCAAGGCAAGCUCGUGCGGCGCGAGCGUGGACUCCAGAACCUCGGCGCUAUCCAGCGUUGUGCCGCCUCCUGUUGGGAGCUUGUCUGGUUCGGCGCGCCUCGACAAAGGCAUAGGCUUCGAGAUUUUCGUGGACGCCGUCUUGAUGUCGGACCUUCCGAAGCGCGUGCAUCCGAGGCUUUCUCGUGGUGUCGAAAAGAUGCAGGAGGCCUUGCUGAAGCAAGAUGUGGAGGAGGUUAUCGCCAAGCUGUCCCGAAAGCGAGAGUCCCUUGCUAUGGAUGUGUCCGUUGACGGGCUCGCGCCGACGCCAAAAUCCUCGAAGGUGGACACUGUCUUGAAUACAUUCGUCUCGCUGACAGUACUCGCCAGCAUAGUCUGUCUGGGCCUCAGCAGAGAGAGCGACCCUGACUGGGAAGGGUGGCUUAUACUGGAGGCCGUCUUCGCGGUCAUAUUCAUAGCGGAAAUAAACAUCAAAAUCCUGAUGCACGGCUCGCGCACGUAUUGGUGUGGCCCAGACAGGCGGUGGAAUUGGUUGGACUUCACAGUCACCGUCGUAUCGGUCGGGGAUGUAUGUCUCAACCUGGUUAUCCAAAAUCUGUCGGACGAGUUAGAGUUCAGCAGGCUCGCGCUGGUCUGCCGCGUUUUCCGACUCAUGCGACUUGGGCGUGUCCUAAAGAUGAUCCGGUCGCCGUUGAUCCGCGAGCUCUCGAAUAUGUUGGUCGGUUUCGUGCUCGGCUCACCGGCCCUCUUCUGGGUCUCGAUUAUCAUUUGGGUAGUUGUUGCGUUGGUAGCAAUGAGCCUUCGGAUCGCGGUCGGCGCUCAUCCAGAUGAGCAAAUGUUGGUCGAAAAAUGCGGACACCCCGACCUUUUCGUUGUCACGGAGGACGCGGACCCAACCUGCGCAAAGCACAAGCUUUACGCAGAGGAAUACUGCGGCUCGCUGUCGAAGUGCAUGUUCACCGUGUUCCGUUGCAUGAUCGGCGACUGCACCAGCACAGGCGGUCAAUCUUUGGCAGCGCACUUGAGCGCAGGUUUCGGAACGAAGUUCGACUUUGUGUAUCUCACUGGCAUGAUCGUGAUGAUAUUUGGUCUCUUCAAUGUCAUCACCGCGAUAUCCCACCUGCAACGAUGGCGGGGCUGA